AUGACUCCGGGUGACGAUUUUGGCUUUUUACGACCUCCUGGCAAUGAGGAAUACGAAGAGACCUACCGCACCCCGUCAAACUACAAACCCCUCGACACAUUCAAGCUCCCAUCCGGACCUUCUCGACACUAUAAGCAGCAGUAUGGCGACAUGUACUUUUUGCGUCUCGCUGGGCUGAAGCCUGCGGUGGAGAAAAUUGCGACGGAGGCAUGGGAGGGCAUCAGUAUUGCAGGAGAGCGCGCACGACGCGUCGAUCGAGUACUUGAUGUUCGGCAGGGUGAGCUGUGCUGGGUGGCCGGCACAGUGUACAUGGACAUGCCAUUGAAGCCCAAUAUUCUGGAAGACCUUACCAAACAGAACUUUACCUCCGCACCACCUCCACGCCCUACUUAUGUCGAUCCAACCAACCCAGCACUGACGCAGACUACGCUAGAGGAUGCAUCAGGCCGUGUUCGUUUGGCUGGUGACUUUCUUUCAUCCGUCCACCUUACUACCGGUACUGUCAUUGCGGCAUUAGGGACAGAAAACGUUGACGGAGAUUUCGAGGUCAUCGACAUCAAAGUCCCAGAGUUGCCUCCACAGCCACCGAGAUGGGGAAAUGACGAAUCAAAACAUACUGGCAAAGAAGCAGCUGCGAAGGAGUCUGGCAAGAUUGCAUUUGUCAGUGGGCUAGGGAUCACAGGGACUUCGAGUGAUUCUCUUGCAUUGGAGUUGCUCACAGAGUAUCUUCUUGGCUACACAGGGUUCUCUGGAAAUGGGGACAAUAGCCCUUCAUCGGGUGCUGCAAAGAUCACACGACUCAUCAUCGCGGGUAAUUCCCUCGGAGCUAGCGUGAUAACUGAUACAUCGGCUGGUAAACCUGUGCCAAAAAAAUACGGUUAUGAUGCUUCAGCAUAUAAUGCUGCACCCAUCACACAGCUGGACAACUUCUUGUCAGAACUUCUGCCAAGUAUCCCUGUCACCCUGAUGCCGGGUGAGGCAGAUCCGGCAAACUUUUCCCUUCCUCAACAAGGCAUUCAUCGCACCAUGUUCCCAAAGUCCAGAGUUUACGCUGCUCCUCCACCAUCUGGUGAGGAGAAGCCAGAAGCUGGUUGGUUUGACAGUGUCACCAAUCCAUGGGAGGGCGAAGUGGAAGGCUGGCGUCUGUGGGGAAGCAGCGGCCAGAAUGUUGAUGAUGUUCUGCGAUAUCUCGACUUUUCUGGUGAAGAUGGAGACACAGACAAAGACUCGGACGACUCAGGGGCUCGCAUGCAGGUUAUGGAAGCAAUGCUCCGGUGGAGGAUUGGUGUUCCCACAGCUCCUGACACACUCUGGUCUUAUCCUUUCCAAGAAUCCGAUCCGUUUAUUAUCGAAUCCUGUCCGCAUAUCUUUUUCACCGGCAAUCAACCACGUUUCAAGACCGCCGUUAUUGACGGCGACAUUCCCCUCCGCUUGGACGGAGGUGAUACCGAAAUGACAGACUCUGCUGGCGAGACACCUGUACCUCGAGUACGACUUCUAUCUCUUCCACGGUUCAAGGAGACUGGGGAGCUCAUUCUGGUUGAUUCCGAGACUCUGGAGGUCGAAGUAAUUCGGUUUGGUGUUUUUUCAGGACAGGAAGAAAAAAAAUGA